GGUUUCUCUGUCUGUGUACUCUCUCUGUCUGACUCCAGAUAUGACACAAACACACUCCUACACCUGUGAAGUCAUCCGUCUGUGUGUGUGUUUGUGUGUGAGCUAAUGGUGUGACGGUGGAAAAAGUUUGGGGUGGAGGGUGUGAAGUGCUUAUAAGAGCUGGAGAAUCGUAAAAAACCACCAGAGAUUGAAGCAGAAGAUUCACAGAGACAGCUCUUCAGACGAAUCUGUUGCAGUCAUGAGUGUUACUCUUCACUGUGUGUUUCUGUGUGUUUCUCUGGCACUUGGCGCUUGUUAUGAUUCUCAGGAGAGCCGCGAGUCAUACGAGGUAUUUGUGAAUCCAUAUCAGGCAAACACUUUCAUGAGGAGUCCACAAAAUGCCAACUACAACCAAUACUUCUACAGGAGGAUGAAGUCUCCGGCCGAGCGGCGGGCCGAGAUCUGUGAGGAUUAUUCGCCGUGUCGUCUCUUUGCGCAGCGCUACGGAUCACCAAUGGCCUAUCAAGUGUACUUCGGCGCUCAGCAGCUCAAGCCCAAUCCACACGUGCAUCACUACUAAGUCCCGCCUCCACAUUUGCAUUUGACCAAUCAGCCUAUUCCUUUGAAUAAUGCCUUACAGACCCAUUAAACCCAGACACCUAUUUACACAUUUAUAAGUGCUUUUGUGUGUCACAGGUUUACUACUAAUCUCCUCUCGCUCUCUGACGAAGGGCCAGUUUGCUCAGAUAUUAACACAGCUACGCUUUUGCUGAUAUAUGCUCAAUUACUAUUCAAAGCUAAAAUCACGAAGGUGCCUGCAUUGACAUUUUGCAUUUCUUAAUAGAUGCAAAAAUUAGUUGUCCAAUGAAAACAUUUCCAGACAAGAAAUUUGUUUUUUAAUCUCGUCACAGAUGUGUUCAUUUGUUAAUCACAAUUAAACUCCUGCAAACCUGA